AUGUCUUUAGAAAGAUGUAGGACCAAUAAUGACUGCGACAGUGGACGAUGUGAAUGGCGUCGUUGCGUUGGAAAAUUGGGCAAAGUAAUAUCCGGUAGAACAGAAGUUACAAAUUGUUACGUUGACGAGGAUUGUCCGACAAAGCAAAUCUGCCAAGAUGGUUUCUGUCGACAACGCCUCCCUCUGAUCCAUGAUAUAGUUAAUGUUCGACCUGGUCAUUGUUACGCUGACGCACAUUGUCCACCUGGUUUCAAAUGUGGUUUUUAUAAGAAGUGUUAUAAUAUGACUGAUAAAAAAUAUAUAGUGGAAUCUAUCAUGCAUAUCCCAUGCCAAGAUGAAGCACCAGGGUUUUGCGCAGAAAUAACAGGUUUUGAAAAGGCUAUAUGUCGUGAAAUCAUUUUCGAGUACGAGCAUGUCCAUUCAUACGUAUGCCAACUUCCACCGCCUUUUACAUGGACUGAAUUAAAAACCUGUGGUGCAGACGACAGUUGCGCUCGUUAUAGCACGUGCAUAAGAGGGACUUGUUUUCAUCCAUUUUGGGUUACUGUCAGACAACGUUGCAAAAGCGACGCUGAAUGCACUUUUCGUUCAUAUUGUAACAAAGAUGGUGGAUGUGAGCAGGGAAGAUGGUCAUUGAAACACAGAAAAUGUGACGCUUGUCGGUUUGAUGAAUUCUGUGAUUUGUAUGAAAAUUGUCUAAAAGUUCAGCGUUUUAACGAAUUCAAUUGCGAUGGUGAUAAUUGGUUUUAUUGGUAUAGCGCAUUCUACUGCUCGUCAACAACAGAAAAGACGUAUGACAACGCGAUAUUGGAAUGCAAAAAAUUAAAGGCAGAAUUAGUUUAUCCACCAGACAGGGGAACUGAGACUAAGCUUUCUCCUGAAAACGCUCUGCUUUCAUAUUUGGCUCUACGCGCUGGUUGGGUUAAAGAAGAAAGUGAUGGAGUAGAAAAAACAUUUGUGAAUUGGAAAAAUAUUAGCGAAAGAAUGGAGAAGUCACGUUUUUUUUGCAAAAGUCAGAAGUGUCAAACAUCAUUUGUCUAUCGUCAUGACUAUUGCUAUAUCGCGGGAUUUACCAAUUUUAUGCCACGUUUUGCGAUCAGAACAAUUUGCAAUUUGUUGGAUAGUGAAAUAGUCAAAAUUAAAAACAAGGAGGAAGCACAAACAGCUUAUGGGCUUGCUGGAGGAAAAUCGUUCUGGCUUGGCCUAAGGAAAGGGAAAAGGCAUUGGUACUGGGAGAGUAGUACUUAUGGGACUCGGGCACAUUUCUUUUUCUGGCGUACAGGACAACCAGAUAUAACAAACGAAAAAAAUUGUGCUUAUGCGGCUCACGCAGGAGAGUGGGUGUCUGCUGACUGUGACGAUUUCCGCUCGCCGAAAAUGUUUGUUUGUCAGAGCCCAUCAUACAAAAAUUAG